CAAUAUCCUCCCAUGAACCCUCUUUGGUACAGUCUUGUUGGUUUCUGGAUGGUUGUCAUGGGAAGUCUCUCUUUAGGUGGAAACUUCGUCGUCAUCUGGGUUUUCAUGACCACCAAAUCUCUUCGAUCGCCUGCUAAUCUGCUGGUCGUUAAUCUGGCCUUUUCCGACUUCUUGAUGAUGCUCACCAUGUUCCCCCCUAUGGUGGUGUCGUGUUACUGGCAGACAUGGACUCUUGGAGCACUAUUCUGUGAGAUCUAUGGUUUCCUUGGUUCACUUUUCGGAUGUAUUUCAAUUUGGACCAUGGUAUUCAUCACUGCUGAUCGAUACAACGUUAUUGUGAAAGGAGUUUCUGCUGAGCCACUGACGUCUGGAGGUGCCAUGUUAAGGAUAGCUGGUGCCUGGUUCUUUUCCUUUGCUUGGUGUCUUCCACCAUUCUUUGGUUGG